AUAGACUGCUAGCAUGCAAUGAUCAAAGGGUAAAAAAUUUAUCGACUUCAAUUUCAAGGGUGGUUUAUUCUGGUCGUUUCAUACGUAAAUAUCAAGAACAGGUGAGUUGAUGAUUUCUUGCUCCAAGUUGGAAGAUUCUCUUCUCUAAACAUUAAACAAAGAAACGAACGGGAUGGCAGCUAAUGACAGUUCCCCGGUUCGAAUCUUCGCUUGGGUCGUCCCAAGAACCAUAUCCACGGCCCUCAGCAAGUGUUUGAGUAACAUAGAAGGAAUGGAAAUUUGGUUUGAACUUUUCACAUACGCCCAGGUCGUAAGGCAGGAGUACGAGAACAAGACUGGAAAUCAAAUGCCUAUGGAGUACGAAGGUAAUGAAGACACGGCACGAGAAGCCGCUGAACUCUUCAUGGCGCGUUUACAAGGAUCGAGACUCGUCCCAGAAAGAGUGGUAUUUGGUAACCUGAUGAAAGAGUUUCAGGCAUCCAAUAGCAAGUAUAUCUUUGCGAAGGAAGGGUAUCUCGCUUUCCCCGACAAGCGAUCACGUCAGUACAUACCACCUGGAUUCAAGCAUGUUUUUCUCAUACGGGAUCCUGUAGCUGUGUUCACCUCCUACAGGAAAAAUUCCUAUCGAGAGUUGACGAGAACCGGCGUGAGAACGGGUGAUCCCGAAGACGAGGAGGCGUUCGACAUCGAAUACGACGACACGAUCUUGAAUGCGGGCGAAUUCUUCAGCGGAACCGCGGAAUGUUUUCGGUACGUCCGUGAAAACUUGGAUCCCAACCCGAUCGUCAUCAACUCUGAUGAUCUGUUGGCCAACCCUGCUGAGGUGCUGAAGAAGUUCUGUCACCUGACCGGUCUUCCCUACAGUGAUUCCCUUCUCCAAUGGGAUGCCUCUAAAGACGUCACCAAGACAUGGAAGACAGCUGGCAAUGAAUCCAUCCUGAACCAUAUCUUCUAUGAAACGGCAGUCACAUCCGGGAGGUUUCUUCCACCAAAAACAGCAAUUCCCUCAGACAAGCUACCACCAGAUGUCAGAAGGCUAGCACACCAGUCCAUGCCAUACUUUGAAGAAAUGAAUAAAUACAAAAUAUAAACAGAAUUCUAAAUUCCUUUAAUGGAACGCAUCAAAGGAAAAGCCCACCCCAACAAGGAGUUGAUUUGAAUAAAGAGAGAAAAAUCCAUGUGGACUUAAUCUUUAAUUAAUGUUCCGUUCAGAUAAACGCGCUCUGGGCGUAAAUGUCGUAUCGUAUGAGAAAUAAUUCAGAGCCUUUAGGCAGUCUCGAAUUUUGAUGUUUUAUGUUAUCGGAAGCUUGUUCAGCCCUUUUUCCAAUUUCUCUAUGAGAAUACUUUAACCUGAAUUGCAAAAUACAUUAUGUGUCCCGUAACACAGAGGCUACCGAUUAUUCGUACGCUUGGUAUUCACGAUUGAUUGUCGUCAAUGCAAUCAAUCGUAUAAAAAUCAUCCGCGAUCAUCGCUAAGCUUUGGGUUACGGGCCCCUUAUCCUACUAGAAAUGCAAAUAAUUAUCAUCUCCCCAAAAUAAGAACGUCACUGUCACAUCGCCGCAUCAUUUAUCAAGGUCCUGUUGUUUGGAAUUCUCUAACAGAUGGAAUACGUAAUGCAAAAACACAUAAUUUAUUCAAAACAAAGUUCAAAAGAUUCCUUCUUGAGAAAUACAAUUCCUGAAAGAUGCAUAUUAAAUUACUUGUAUUAUUACGAUUAUUGUAAAUAUGUUAGGGCAUGGCACUUUCUAUGUCUUGGUUCAUUGUUUAUGUGUAUUUUUAGGUUGUUUCAUUUGUUUGUUUUUAAAUAUGUUUUCGCCAUAUCCCUGUAUGUUAUUAUUGCAUUUUCUAUGCCACUUUUUCGUUUGUUAAUGGGUUAGCCUAAGUAAAAGGAUUUUUUUCCUUUUUGACUGCUACCACUCUGUGCGAUUCUGAACCACAAAGCAAUUAUAGACUUGUACACAGAUUUGUAAUACAUGCAUUUUAACUUUGCAUUAUCUUGUUUUUUUCAUGUAAUGUUUUACUGAGAGAAUAAAACAAUUUGAAUUUGAAUAUGAAAAUAAUUCUCCUCAGAUCUGUAAAGAGAUUGGAGGAACAUGGAAUAAAAGACAGACAGUCAGACAGUAAAUAUAUAGAACAUGAUCCGCGGUGAUCACUUCGAGGCUGUCUUGAAGAAUCCUUUCAUCAAAAGAUGAAAAGUUGGUGGAUUAAAUAAGAUCAAAUCAUUGUUUGAUAUAAAGCCCACACAGGUGCAUCCUUAAGAAUCAUGAGAGUAGAGUGUUAAAUUCAACACUUGAGCAGCUAGUAAUAUGGCGAUUGCACGUGCACUUCAAUGUGCAGGUACUCAUCACUUGAGUGCUAAAAACGGCACUUUGGGUGGUCAAUCGUGUAAUGUCAAUCAUGUAAAUAUUGCAAAUUGGUUGUUGUGGUGUAGGGUGUAAAUUAGGGAGUUUUCGCAACACUACGCAAACGCUUUCUGGAACGUAGAGAAUCUAUUGUCGAAAGUCCUUCACGACAACGCGACAAAGCAGCCUUUGUCGAAAAUCGAAUAAUAAAAAACAGCAGUGUCGUCCUGGACUCUGGACAAACGACACAUUCACAAGCUCCGAAUCUUAGGACGAUCUGCUGUCCCGGUUUUCCAUUUUUCGACAAAGACCUCCAAGCUGUCCAAUAGGAUUUACGAUAUCGUAGAAUCCGUCCCCGUUACAAUCGCGACAGCUCGCUAAAUGUAGGUUUAAUGUAUGUACACCUAUUACUGUUAUUGUGUAGAAGAGAUCCCUUGAUUUCAAUUUUCAAAAUUCAAAUUUGCCAUAUUGCGGCUUGAAGGUCAAGUUCACCUCAACAAAAAGUUCAUUUGACUAAACAGAGACAAGUAGAAUGCCCCAUACUUUGCCCCAAAUACAGUGAUAUGUUAAUGAGAGUCGAUGAGGCCGUGUGUGUAAUUAUGUUUUGUUAGACGUGCACCAAGCAAUGAUUAUUUACGUCGAGGACCGUCCUCUAACGUCACCAUCCGAAAGACAUGACUUGAUAGGGCUUGAACCUCGAACCUUGGAUUACAGGAACACACCACAGCGCCAAAUUUCGCUGAUGCCAUACACCGACACUUUCGUUUGCUAAUUUCGCUGAUGUUUCCCCAAAACAGUUCAAAUACAUUGCACAGUGAUGUGCAAAUGAGAGAGUCGAUAAUGCAAUUUCCUCGUAAAUUUUAUUGCAAGAAUCGUACAACACUUCAAAAUAAGGAAACUCUUCAUUGAAAUAUGAAUCACGCGAUGUUUCACAUUAUAAGCAGGAAAUUUUCAUAUUUCAUAUAAUACAAAUGAAAAUAUAAUAGUGCGUGAGUGACAUCAUCGGCCCAC